UUAGCCGAUAAUAAGGUAUCGGUGUUGCCGCCACGUUUUUUUUUAUAAGACAUCAUGUCAACCCCGGCCAGAAGACGACUUAUGAGGGAUUUUAAACGAUUACAAGAAGAUCCUCCUGCUGGUGUCAGUGGUGCUCCGUCUGAAAACAACAUCAUGGCGUGGAAUGCAGUCAUAUUUGGCCCUGAAGGAACGCCCUUUGAGGAUGGUACAUUUAAACUAAUUGUAGAAUUCACAGAAGAAUAUCCCAACAAACCCCCCACAGUACGAUUUGUGUCAAAGAUGUUUCAUCCAAAUGUUUAUGCAGAUGGAAGUAUAUGUUUGGACAUCCUACAGAACCGUUGGAGUCCCACCUAUGAUGUAUCAUCUAUUCUCACAUCUAUCCAGUCUCUGCUCGAUGAACCAAACCCCAACAGUCCAGCCAACAGCCAGGCUGCCCAGCUUUACCAGGAGAACAAGCGGGAGUACGAGAAGCGCGUGUCUGCCAUCGUAGAACAAAGCUGGAGAGACAGUUGACCUGACUCACCUGAUCGCUGUCCUCUCCAUCGUAAAGCUGUGUGUGCUGCAAGUUUUAGUGGAGUACCUCUGUAUCUUUGGGCCCCCUCCCCCAACGUUUUUGAUUUUAAGCUUUUAUGCACUUUACCUUCUGCCUCCCUUCAUUGGACAUUUUCUUUACUCAUUCACCGGGAGGGAAACUUUUUUCUAUUCUACUCAUUUCCUGUCCAUCAGGGGAAAUGUGCUGAAUCUUGCCUUGAUGUUUUGUAAGUAUGGACUUUGUGAGCCGUUACCCAAAACUUCUGGUGUGUUCUAACAUGCUGUAGUAACUCCCCAUGAGGCUGUCACCAGUCAGUCCUAGAUCCUCUUCUCUUGUGCCCCCCCAAAUCUGUUCUGUCAAGUUUGUUUUCACCAAGGCUCCAGUGUGAUCACCCCACUUUUCCGAGGGAGAAUGAGCAGUCUGAGCAUUACGUACCACGACAAAGUCAGACAUCUUGACACCAUGUGAUUUGCUGUGCUGUGAACUCUUGUUACAUGCAUGACAGUAAGAGUGUACUCGCGUUCCUUUUCAGUACUCAUGUAUAUAGGAAAACUGCAACUGAAUUUAUGUACAGAUUUUGCACUGCUUGUCUCCCGUGUCAUUUUUUUCAGCAGUUGUAAAUAAAAAGGCCAUUUCAUCCUUU